CACGGCAACGACAUCAGCCACGCCGUCCACACCGAGAGCGGCAAGACGGUCCGCUUCACGCGGAGGCAGCGUAUGUGGGACCUGGACGUGAACAUCGUGCCAGCGAAGGAGGUCACCCGGAUGUCCCAGACGCUCGUGAGGAAGUUGCCGCUCUGCUCGGUCGAGGGUUGCAGUGGCUGCGACAGGCUACACGGCAAGAAGCGUCUGUGCCCUUUCGGGCGGCAGGAGUGGUACCUCAUGGAGUUGAUGACGGACAAGUUGCGACCAUCGCGAGCCACUUUGGCCCGGUCGCAGGCGACCCUGUCCCGCCAGGUGGAGACGCCGUGGCAGGGGAUGACGGAGUUGGUAAUACAAUCGAGCUCGAGGGUGACGCCGAGGAACGUCACGUGUUUCAACCCGCUCCAGUGCGAGCACGACGUGGGCCGAAGGAGCCUAUUCAGGCAGAGCUCGAGCAACGCGAAGCAGCAGAGCGCAUGCGAUAUCUACGAUUGCGGUGGACUGAAGCGGGAGGAGGUAGAGUCGGGCCAGUCCGUGCUUCCUGUCCUCGUCGGCAUCGACUCGGCCACCUUGCGGGUCAGCGCCGACGUCCUCCCGUCCCAGGGCAUCCAGCACGAGUGCAACGUGGUCCGCGCCUUCAGCCAGGUGGAGGCGACCGGCCGCCCGAAUAUCAUCUACAAGUCUGAUGGUGAGGGUGCCUUGGUGGCGCUCAAGCGAGAGGCGACGAUCCGCCUCAGGAAUGUGAAGAUCGAGGCCGUUCCCGCGCCAGCCUACGACGGUGCCAGCAACGGCCUGGCAGAAGUGGCAGUGCGGGAGGUCAAGGGCGUCGCACGGUCUCUGAGAGUCGCCUUGUCCCUGCUGCACGGCGCAGACAUCCCGAGCGACCAUCCAGUGUUGACCUGGCUGGCAGCCCACGCUGCAGGAUGCAUCAACCGUGGCAAGAUCGGCGCCGAUGGGCGGACGCCGCGCGAGAGGCACAAGGGCAAGACCUUCCGCGAGGUGCUGCCGCCUUUCGGUGAGAUCAUCGCGUUCCUCCCGGGUGCGAGGCGCGACGCCAAGUUCGAGGAGCGCUGGCAGAUCGGAGUCUUCUUGGGUGUCAUCGAGAAGUCGAGCGAGAUGCUCGUCGGCUACGACCGCAGAGUUGUGCGCGCGCGGUCGACCAGAAGGAAGCCGCCGAGCCAGCGGGCCGAUGCGGCCCUGCUGCUUUCGACCAGGGACGCGCCGUGGGUGCCGACCCCAGACGAGCCAGAGAACGUUCGCAUCCCGACGGUCAUCGACGAACCUCCUGUCGACUCUGCUGUGCAGCAGCCGAGGGUUAUGCCAGAGCAGGCCCCAGCCGAGCCUCGGAGCGUCUACAUUCGCAGGAACGUGGAGCUGGCCAGGUACGGUUUCACAGAUGGAUGCCAGGGCUGCCACGCGGCCCGCGCCAACGCAGCAGCCGAGGCCCACAGCUCGGAGCGCCGUGAGCGCAUCCAGCAGGCCAUGGCGAACGACCCUGAGCUCGCGCCCCGCGUCUUCGGGGCAGCGGCUCGCCAGCUGGAGGCAGCUGACAGGGCGCCUGUGCGCCAGGAGGGCGAGGGCGCCGAGGCGCCGCCUCAAGCUGCCAGCCCGGCCGAGGCACCGAUGGAGAUCGAGCGACCUGGUCGACGAGCU